GAAAUAUGAUUACUUUCCAUUUGCUACAAAGUUUCCCUGCGUGCGUUUGUUAACAGAGAAACUGAUGGCGACCGCCCACAGAAAAUAAUAUCCUGCAUGUCUGCUGUAGAACUUCUGCAAACUUAUUGAUUUGUAAACAGUGAUGGAACAAGCGGAAAACAUUCACCCACCACCAUCUGCGCUGCGAAAUCGAUUGCAACUACGUUCCGAAUAAAUCUUUAGAAAGAUUCCACAAAGAACAGCAUGCCCAGCCAGUAACAGGACGGAAUACCAGACAGUCGCAGUGCAGUGAAGUUCCCGUUACACCGGAUGCAAAAGCGCAAGAGCGUCGAUCCUCACUCGCGAGAUCCCAUAAUUCACAUCUGCAUCCUAAGGAGGCUGAUGGAGGGUGAAGGCGGAGACCUGCUGUUACUAGGUUCAUUUAGUUUUAAAAAAAUGCCAGACGGCUCAAAGGAUAAAAGUAUUGUAAUAUGCAAUAUUUGUGCCGCCGAAUUCAAGUAUCACAGGAGCACGACUUCGUUAUCUUAUCACUUGAAAGCGAAACAUGCCCGUGCAGAAACGGAUAAGCCGAAUGAGUACGCUGUUAAGCAAGAGGAAGGCAAGGGAUUAUUGCCUGGUUCGUUUAGCUUUAAAAAAGCACCAGACGGCUCUGAUGAUAAAGGUGUCGUUAUUUGUAAUCUCUGUGCCGCCGAAUUCGAAUACGGCUGGAAUAUUACUUCGUUAACCUGUCAUUUGGAAACGAAACAUGCCGGUGGAGAAACGGACAGGUGGAGGGACGGUGCGAUUAAGGAGGAAGGCGAGGACACGUUGUUGCUGGGUUCAUUUAGUUUUACAAAUUUCCCAGACUGCUCAGAGGAUAAGAACACUGUAAUUAGCAAUAUUUGUGCUGCCGAGUUCAAGUGCGACUGGGACACGCCUUCGCUAUCCUGUCACUUGGAAACGAAACGUGCCGCUGCGGGGACGGAGACAGACAGGCCGGGGGACAGUGUGCUUCGGGGGGAGAACGUCGAGGAAACACUGUUGCUCGGUUCAUUUCGUUUUAAAAAAUUGCCAGACGGUUCAGAUGAUAAAGGCGUCGUGAUCUGCAAUAUUUGCGAUGCCGAAUUCAAGUACCGCAAAAGCACCACUUCGCUGUCGUACCACUUAAAAGCAAGACAUGCUCCAUCAGAAACGGACAGAUCCGGCGACAGUUUGCGUCGAGGGAGGAGAGGCAAAGAGACAUUACUGCGUGGUUCGUUCAGUUUUAAAAAAAUGCCAGAUGGGUCAAAGGACAAAAGUAUUGUAAUAUGCAAUAUUUGUGCAGCCGAAUUUAAAUACCACAGAAGCACAACUUCGUUAUCCUAUCAUUUGAAAGCAAAACAUGCUGGUGGAGAAACGAGCGGUAAUGUGCGGUGGGAGAGGAGAGGCAAAGAGAGAUUGGUACGCGGUUCGUACCAUUUUAAAAAAUCGCCUGAUGGCACAGAGGACAAAAAUAUUGCAAUUUGCAAUAUUUGUGCGGCUGAAUUCAAAUAUCCUAGGAGCACUGCUUCAUUGUACUAUCACUUGAAAGUAAAACACGCUGGUGCAGAAACGGGCAGGUCGGGUGACAGUGCGUGGCAGGGCACGUUUCAUGAAUACAUGACAAGUCAGCCCGUGUCCUGUGCUAAGGCAGAAGCAUUAACGGAUGCAAUAUCGAGAUGGAUCGCUUGUGACUGUAGACCUGUGAGCAUUGUGGAGGAUGAAGGCUUUCUUAAUACGAUUAGACUGGCCAUCUCCGACGUUGCGUACACGCUGCCGUCACGUGAGACUAUCGCUUCGCGGAUUGAAGAUUUAUACGCGAAUGAGAAAUCAAGCAAACUGGAGCAACUUAGAACUGCAAAGGCGGUGGCAUUAACGGGUGAUCGCUGGGCGUCCGUUAGAAACCAUGACUACCUCAGUGUAACGGCUCACUUCGUGGACAGUUCGUGGGCGUUACAUUCAUUUCCAGUAGGAGUAAUACACGUGGAUGAGAGUUUUGCGGAAGGUUGUGCUAAAAAGAUUUCUGACAUCACAUCACAGUGGGAAAUCAGUGGGAAAAUAUCAACGUUUGGCAAUAUGGGGGGUUUGGCCAGUCUCAUCCCCUACGAGCACAUGCCAUGCAUUGCGCACAGUAUACAGUGCUCCAUCGUAACUGCAUUUCGUGACUGCGGCGUUCAGAGUGUGCUGGAAAAAUGUAGGAAGUUGGUUGGACAUUUCAAAGACAGUCUGGCUAAUGCCGCUGACCUAAGAAGGCAGCAGGGUGAGAUGGGACAGCAAGAAGAAACGCUCGUUCUGGAUAUGCCCACGCGAUGGCGCUCCACUUUGUCAAUGAUUACACAGCUGCUACGGAACAAGGAUGCUCUGGAAGCAACUAUGGCCCCCCGAGAAAACUCUCCAGAAAUGCUGACUGAUGGUGAAUUUGGCAAAAUUGAGAUGCUGAAAAAACUUCUUGAACCUUGCAAGUAUGUGGCAGAGCUUCUUGGUGGAGAAGGGUAUGUGUCCUGUUCAGUGGUCUUGCCUGCCCUUUGUCAUCUGCUCCACGUGAUGAAGGUGUCAGAUGAUGAUCCCAACUAUGUAAUCAGAUUUAAGGAAAGCUUCACUGCUGACAUGUCAAGGACAAGAGACACCCUCAACUUACCUUGGCUGAAGAUAGCAACAGCACUUGACCCUCGAUUCAAAGACUUGAAAUGCCUCCCAAGGUCGGAGCGGGAGGAGGUUUGGGUGAGCAUACGGGAAGGACUGCAGAAGACAACUCCCCAGACACCACCUAAGAGGAAACGAUACCUCCUGGUUUAUGGAUCUGACUCCGAGGAUGACACGGAUGAAGUUGCUGGCACGUCUUUGCAUCGUUACAGAGCGGAGCCUAUCAUUCCGGUGGAGGACUGUCCGUUGCAGUGGUGGGCAAAGCAUUCAGGGGCCUAUGAAGAUUUGUCACAUCUUGCCCGAAAAUACUUGGCAUCACCUGCUUCAGCUGUUCCUAGUGAGACGCUUUUCUCACUGUCAGGCCAUAGUCUGCAGGAGAAAAGGGCCGUAUUGGCUUCUGAGAGUGUUGACAGGUUUGUCUGUCUAAGCAACUGGCUCGGUGAAAAGAAAUCACCUAUCAGCCUUAUUUUUGGGAAGGUAUGAUUUGUUACACGUAUUGGACUAUCAUCGAACUGUUAAACCUUUGGGCAGUUUUUCCAAUUUCAUAAUGGGCAGUUUCAUCUUAGUCCAACAGGAGUCUUGGUUAAUGGUUAUUGAUUACUUCAUUUCAUUUAAAUUGUGACAUUGUUUUCAGGUAUGAAACGGACCUUUUGUGAUUGCCAAGUACGUUUUAGAUAUUUUUGUUCUGAGUGUCUGUUGGUGGACGUUGUGGAUGCUCACAUCAUGGCUGUUUUUCACCCGUGCAACAUUUUUCUUUUUUUUUUGUGACUUCUGUUUUAAAUGGAUAAGCGGAGGAUAAUGGAUGGAUGGAUG